UCUGGCAACUCUGGAGAAUAUCGAGUAGAAGGCAGAAAACCUAGCAGAGGAACUACCUGGGGAGAAAUGGAGGCGGACUGCAUCUCAGAAUGUGAUGAAUCACUUGAUAUUUCUGUGGAAGAUGAAGAGGAGGAAGAGGAUGGGUCACAGAGUGAAGAAUUUAACAACAGCAGUUUUAAAAAACAUAGCCAGAAUGAAGAGAUGAAAUCCAAGUUGUCUGAUGCCAUGGAGGCUGUUCAAAGUGAAGAAAGUAGCUUAACAUGGGAGACCAAUUCAAGUAGAUGUUCCACAUCCCAUGCCUCAGAAGCCAGCGUUACAUCUGGGGUAUACAGUAUGGAAAACUCAUACACAGAUUGUUCUCCGGGGAAAGUUACUUUCCUGAAGGAAGAGAGAAAGACGACGCAGGAAAAGCUGAGCAAUUCAACCCAUCAGACGUUAAAUGAGACGACAGAACCAGACAGCCAAGAAGGUGAUUUUUGUCAGACGUCAGUGCUGAAAAAAGCUGAAGAAAGUGAGUUAGAUCCAUCUGAUCCACAAUCAUGGCCCUCUCAAGUACAACCUUCUAAGAUUAAAGACUAUUUGGUUCAGAUCACACAGGAAGUGACCACUGGGUCAGAGGAGAAAGAAAAUACUUUGAUGAAAAAAGGGGAGCUGCCUAUCAAAGGAACAGUAAGAGCCAGGAUUCUUCAAAUCACUGCUGUAUUGGAAGAAAGACAUAAAAAGGUUUUCCGAAGGAUAAACAAUAAAGAUAUGCCUCCACCCUUAGAGGUGACCAGGAAGCCAAGAGAACCUCCCAAAGUCUUCUCCAGACGAGGCAUAUCGGUAUCUUUACGGCACGUUGAACAAAACACUGCAGAGAAGAAUAACAAGAAGGAAGUUCUGAGUUAUAAUCUCAGACAUGUAGAGACAAGAAGUUCAAAGUCUGCACUUUACAGUAAAGAGGAGAGGAAACCACAGCACUUGUUUCUCCCUAAAACACAGAAGAAGCCUUUAGAAAAGCUACCAAAAAUUUCAACACACCUUGAUGACAAAGCAAAGAAGCCAGACACCAAACAGUAUUCGCCUGCAAUUCAUACCUCACUUCCAGAACUGAUUCAACCAACUGAGUCUGACAAAAUGGAAAAAAAGGAAAAACAGUCUGUUUCUCCAAAUGUUUCAAAUACCGCACUGGAAAAAUCGUUCAACUUUGUUGGUGAAAAAAAGGAAAUUCAGGAUCAUAUACCAAUGACCUUCGAAGUUUCUGAUUUAUUAAAAGAAGUGAAGUCACCGUCAGAGAAUCAAGUAACUCAGCCUUGUUCCCCAGUUCCUGUCGAACCACUUCCUUAUGUUGAAUCAGAAACAGAAAAUCAAUCUGACUCAGUUAGAACAUUGUUAUCAGAAACUUUGAUUCAACAUUUACAGGACCCUCAUAAUAUUGCAGCUACUCACGGUGAACCUGAAAGUUGUAACUUAACUGACAUUGGAACACAAUCUAUGGAAUCUACAAUUACUUCAAGACUGGAGAUCAAAGAUGAAUUCUUAGAGCAGCCUGUUGAAGAAACAGAGAAUCAAGAGAUUUCUCUUCAUUCAACUGAAAUCACAGAUGCUAACCUUGAGAAGUCAAAAUUACCAUCAUUUGUAGAAAAACAGAAAAGCAAGAAAAAGAACAAUUAUCAGAGAAAUCUUCAGACAAAGAAAGGAUGCAGGAGCAAUUUAGUAUGCUUUUACAAACAAAUUCAGACCAGCUACCCUCGUUGUCUAUGAUUC